GUUUGUAUUUUAUGUUUUAUGUUUCGUGUUCUGUGUUGUAUGAUCGGAAACGCCGCGUUAUUGUGAAUGGAUAAAUUCCUUAAUUUUAUUAAAAUUUAAACGUUUUUAACAAAAUCAAAUAUGUCUCUUGUUUGUGCGAUUUCAAAUGAAGUACCGGAACACCCGGUUGUGUCACCAUCUUCGGGUUCGAUUUUUGAGAGAAGAAUUAUAGAAAAAUACAUUCAGGAAAAUGGUGUCGAUCCUAUUAGUGGCAAAGAGUUAACCGUCGAAGACUUGAUCGAAAUCAAAACACCUCCUGUUGUUAAACCAAAACCACCGAGUGCCACAAGUAUUCCAGCAACAUUGAAAUUGCUGCAAGAUGAAUGGGAUGCAGUUAUGCUGUACAGUUUUACACAAAGGCAACAAUUGCAAACUGCAAGACAAGAGUUAAGUCAUGCUCUGUAUCAGCAUGAUGCUGCGUGCCGUGUAAUAGCCAGACUUAACAAAGAAGUCACAGCGGCUAGAGAAGCUUUAGCCACUCUUAAACCACAAGCUGGUAUUACAGCAGUUCCACAACCAGCUGUAGCUGCUGAGGCUGCAGGAGUUGCUAAUCAACCAAUGGAACAAGCUGGUAUGAGUGCAGAUGUUAUACAGAAACUACAAGAGAAGGCCACUGUAUUGACACAAGAACGUAAAAAGAGGGGCAGAACUGUUCCAGAAGAACUGACAACUCAGGAUCAGCUUAAAUCUUUUAAAACUUUGGCUUCAUUGAUUGGUUUACAUUCAGCCAGUAUACCAGGAAUUUUAGCACUUGACGUCCACAGUACAGACACAAGCAAAGUUCUGACUGGUGGCAAUGACAAAAAUGCUACUGUUUUUAAUAAAGAUACCGAGCAAGUAGUUGCAAUCUUGAAAGGCCAUACAAAGAAAGUAACAAAAGUAAUUUACCAUAGCAAUGAAGAUGUUGUUCUCACAGCUUCACCCGAUUCAACAAUCCGUAUAUGGAAUGUACCUACUUCUCAAACAACACUAAUUUUACGAGCUCACAAUGGACCUGUGACUGGUCUUUCAUUACAUCCAACUGGUGAUUAUGUCCUUUCUACAUCAGAGGAUCAAUAUUGGGCAUUUUCAGACAUAAACACAGGACGUCUGCUUACUAAGGUGUCUGACAGCAGCAAUAUUCCCCUCACCACGGCUCAGUUACACCCUGAUGGUUUGAUUUUUGGAACGGGGACAGAGGAUUCCCAGGUCAAGAUUUGGGACUUAAAGGAGCAGAGUAAUGUCGCCAACUUUACUGGUCAUUCGGGUGCUAUAACAACAAUAUCUUUUUCGGAAAAUGGUUAUUAUUUAGCUACAGCAGCAGACGACGCUUGCGUCAAAUUGUGGGAUUUGCGGAAACUUAAAAACUUUAAAACCUUACAGUUGGAUGAGGGAUAUCAAAUUAAGGAUUUGUGCUUUGAUCAGAGCGGUACAUAUUUGGCUAUCGCAGGAACUGACGUGAGGAUAUACCUGUGCAAACAAUGGCAAGAAUUAAAGGUGUUUAAUGACCAUACAGCGACAGCAACGGGUGUUCGAUUUGGCAAACAUGCCAGGUUCAUAGCUUCAACUUCAAUGGAUAGGACUUUAAAGCUUUAUGGAUUAGAUUAAAUGAUACAAUAAGUUUAGAUAAAGUAGAAACCUCAAUUUUGGAUUUUUAUUCUAUAUUAUUGUGUGUUUUUGUAAAUAAAACAUU